UUUUCAAUGAACUGAUAAAUUAAUGAAUUAACAAUGGCUUAAAUGAGUUUAGACAAUGUUUAAAUAAACAGUUCCUGACAUUCCAAAUGUUUGUUUUGUUAUUAAAAUACAAUAUUUAACAGAGAGAAGAGACAGAGAGCACAACUAAGAUUUUUUUUUUUCUAUUUUUUCCAAAUCUUGGAGGGUCAAAAAACAAAACAAAACAAAAAUCAAAUUACAACCUUACAAGCAUCUUAAUGAUCAUACCAGCCUAAUUAUGAUAAUUCUGAACCAAACAGAUGUGACCCCAGCCUCAUUCAUUCUUAAUGGGAUCCCAGGACUGGAGGACAUGCACAUGUGGAUUUCCUUCCCAUUCUGCUCCAUGUAUGUUGUGGCAAUGGUAGGGAAUUGUGGGCUCCUCUACCUCAUCUACUAUGAGGACUCCCUGCAUAGAUCCAUGUAUUAUUUUUUGGCAAUGCUUUCCCUUACUGACCUUGUCAUGUGCUCUAGUACAAUCCCUAAAGCUCUCAGCAUCUUCUGGUGUCAUCUCAAGGAAAUUAGAUUUGAAGAAUGCCUAGUCCAGAUGUUCUUCAUCCAUACCUUCACAGGGAUGGAGUCUGGGGUGCUCAUGCUUAUGGCCCUGGAUCGCUACGUGGCCAUCUGUUACCCUCUGCGCUAUUCAACUAUCCUCACCAAUCCUGUCAUUGCAAAGGUUGGGCUUGCUACUUUCCUGAGAGCGGUGUUCCUCAUCAUUCCCUUGAUUUUCCUCACCAAGAGACUACCCUAUUGCAAGGGUAAUAUCAUACACCAUACCUAUUGUGACCAGCUAUCGGUAGCAAAGUUAUCCUGUGGAAAUAUCAAGGCCAAUGUUAUAUAUGGUCUGGUGGCUGCCUUCCUGAUUGGGGGCUUUGACAUCCUGUGCAUCACAGUCUCCUACACCAUGAUCCUCCGGGCAGUGGUUAGCCUCUCCUCAGCAGAUGCUCGGCAGAAGGCCUUUAGCACCUGCACUGCCCACAUCUGUGCCAUCGUUUUCUCCUACAGUCCAGCCUUCUUCUGCUUCUUUUUUAAUCGUUUUGGGAGCCACACAAUUCCUCCAUCUUGCCACAUCAUUGUGGCCAAUAUUUAUCUGCUCCUGCCUCCCACUAUGAACCCUAUUGUCUAUGGAGUGAAAACCAAGCAGAUACGAGACUGUGUCAUCAGGAUCUUUUCAGGUUCGAAGAAAAUCAAAUCCUACAGCACAUAGAGGGGAUAUUUAGGUUAAGGGGAAGGAAAACAAUACUCUGUUGGCUGUUUAGUCAUGGUCUAAAGAUGCCUUUUUAAGAAUACUAUUUUGUUCUUGACCAAGAUAGGACCUGAGAAGGACAGUAAAUGUUUUCAGAAUCCCAAAGUCACUGAUGUGGCCCUGCACACUCUGAAUUUUUCACCUUCUCACCCCAGUGAAGAAGUAGUCUCAUCAUUAAC